AUGUGCAUAAAAAUCUUGUUAUUCUUUCUGUUGCAUUGGUCAUUUGUACAACUUGCUACAAUUAAGUAUAAUUCUCCUAAUGCGGAUGAUACUAAGUAUUGGGAAUCCUACAAUGAAGCACGUAUUAAACAAUUGCUUUCUCGGACGAAUUCUGGUGAAUCUUUUGCCAGAAACGUUAUAAUAUUCGUAGGCGACGGAAUGGGAAUUCAAACUGUAACAGCAGGAAGGAUUUUUAAAGGACAACAUGAAAAGAAAGUUUCAGGCGAAGAGAGUGAAUUAGUGUGGGAUUCGUUUCCACACACUGGGCUUUCCAAAACUUACAAUACGGACAGACAAGUUCCAGAUUCUGCGGGAACAGCUACUGCCCUUUUCAGUGGAAUUAAGACUAAAUACCACGUUGUGGGCUUGGACUCGACCCUUAAUAAAUCAAGCUUGGUUCAAGGUAAAGUUGACUCAAUUAUGAAAUGGGCUCAGGAUGCAGGAAAACGAACUGGCUUUGUAACAACGACAAGAGUAACUCAUGCAACGCCAUCUGCUUUAUAUGCGCAUAGUCCUGAGAGAGGUUAUGAAAGUGAUAUUCCAAUUCCAUCGGCAUAUAAAAGUAGUUUGAAAGAUAUCGCUAGACAACUUGUAGAAAAUGAGCCAGGAAAUAAAUUGAAUGUCAUUCUAGGAGGAGGGCGUGAUCCUAUGGGCGCACCGAUCAAAAACCAAUCUGUUCCACCAUACAGUUUUUCACCAGUUGGAAUGGAAAGUGUAUUUCCUCGUUCAGAUGGGUUAGUUUUAACAGAUAUGUGGUUAAAAAGCAAAUCCAAUGCAAAAGAUCGCACUUAUUAUGUUACAACAGAAACAGAACUCAAUAAAGUUGACACAAAAAAUACAGAAUAUCUAUUAGGUCUAUUUGCUAACAGUCAUAUGACUUAUGAUGCAUUGAGAAACUACACCGAUGAGCCGUCACUUGCUCAGAUGACUGUGAAGGCCAUUGAAGUACUGGAUCGUAAAAAUAGCGCUGGUUACGUUUUGAUGGUAGAGGGUGGAAAAAUCGAUCAUGCACAUCAUCAAAAUUUCGCACGUUUGGCUCUACAUGAAGUUUUAGGAUUAGACAAGGCUGUAGAAGCAGCAUUAAAAUUAGUCGGUGACGAUACGUUGAUUUUGGUUACAGCAGAUCACUCACAUUCCGUAACUUUCAAUGGAUAUCCCGAACGGGGAAAUGAUAUUUUAGGCUUUGGAAACAAGGAGGGAAUUGAACCAUACGAAACACUUUCAUACGCGAACGGACCUGGUUUUUAUGAACACCGUGCAUCAGCAAAUUAUACAAAUCCUCGCUUUAAUACAUGGACAAGAGUGGAGGAUACAGAUCGGUCAUCACCUGUCUACAGACAUCUUGCAACUGUUCCCUUGGUAGAAGACACGCAUGGAGGAGAAGAUGUCCCGGUAUAUGCUCUUGGUCCUAAUGCAAACUUGGUCCAAGGUGCUAUGGAGCAAAACUUUAUUGCUUACAUUAUGAGUUACUCUGGAUGCUUUGGUCCAGCUUCAAAGCACAAUAAUGCGUGCAAAAGGACAAUAUCUUGA